UGAGUGUAGUGUUGCUGCUGCUGCUGCUGCUGCUGCUGCUGCUGAGAGAAGAACAACAAACAUGUCUACUGGCAUCAAGCUUCCUCCCUGUCCUCCAUCACUUAAGCCUCUACAACACUAUAUUAAGCUCGCUAAUGACUAUGACAAGAGGGAACCUGUCGUCUCAUACUGGGCACGACUUUAUACAUUACAGUCAGCCCUGAAACUAGAUCGUAAGUCACCUGAAGCUCGAGCUCUCUUAUCAGGACUGAUGGAUUACCUUGAAACCUUCAAGAAGGAAAAUUCUGCCAAUGAAUCUGUAACAAAUGAUAUUGCUGGCCAAGCUUUGGUAGAGAAUGUAGCACAUAAGCUCUUCAUGUGGGCUGAUGGUGAGGACCGUGCUGCUAGAUUUAAUAAGAAUGUUGUAAAAGUCUUCUAUACAGCUGGCCUAAUGUUUGAUGUUUGUGAAGUAUUUGGUGAGUUGACAGAAGAAGUUAUAUCUCAGAGGAAGUAUGCCAAGUGGAAAGCCACCUACAUUCACAACUGUCUGAAGAAUGGGGAGACACCCAUCCCAGGACCCAUGGGAGGAGAUGAUGAAGGUUUGGGGGGGAAAAUGUUGGUGCCUCGGCCUGUACCAAUGCAACCUCCAGCAACUGGUGCGUACCCGACACCAGCAUCAGAAGCUACAGGUGGUACAGUGAUGUUAAGUCCUGACAUGAUAGUGAAGGCUCAGAAAUAUUGCAGGUGGGCUGUGUCAGCACUUGAUUAUGAAGAUUCUAAAACUGCUAUUAAUAAUCUUCAAAAAGCACUGACACUUCUUAAAACUGGCUGUGACACUUGAGUAUUUAUCAUUGGAACUGGAGCUGUCUUCGUGCUUGUUUUAAUAUUAACAAGGUGGUGAUAUUCUAAGUUAAGCAGGUACAGUGUACGUGCAUCCUUAUGCACACGUGCACGCACACACACACACACAUGCAUAGAGUUAUAAUAUGGAGUAUAUCUGAGACCUCAUACUAUGUAGGAAUAUGUGAUAUGUCUGCUUAGGUCUAGGCUACCUGUUUUCCUGAAUUUCUCUGUAAAUAAAAAUCUUUACUCCAGUCUUAACACCUCAUACAUACAUUAUAUGCCUGCUGUAUGCUUCUAUCUCCGCCUCUCAAAAUCUCAUUGUACUUUCAACCCUCAUUAGACAUUACCUUUCCCUUCAGAUUCAUAUACCUUCUUCAUCAGCCUGUCUUGAUCUUGUGUUUACAACACCAAACCUUGCCAAUGUAUUCUGCUCCCUGAAUUACAUUUUAAAUAAUA